AUGACGUCUGACACCAGCCCCUCGUCAGCCACCGCAACCACCAACUCCUCUUCCCCACACUUUGUCCCCCGUUCUAUCCUUCUCACAGGCGGUGCAGGCUUCAUCGGGUCCCACGUCGUCGACCUACUCAUCUCCCGCUAUCCUGAAUACCACAUCGUUGUUAUCGACAAGCUUGACUACUGCGCCGCCGUUGAUAACAUAUCACCCCUUUUCGGUCGGACAAACCUCCGAUGGUGUCGCGGUGACAUCCGCUCCAAAUGCCUCGUCGAUUACCUGCUCCGCUCAGAGAAUAUCGACACUAUCAUGCACUUUGCCGCCAGCACCCAUGUUGACAAUUCGUUCCAUUCCUCAAUUUCCUUCACGUCCAAUAAUGUCGUCGGCACCCACGUGCUGCUCGAGGCCGCAAGGGACUACGGUGGUGUUAAGCGCUUUAUUCAUGUUUCUACGGAUGAGGUCUACGGCGGUGAAACAGAUUUUGAAAAGGAGGAAUCUAUGCUCUCACCGACCAAUCCUUACGCGUGUACGAAGGCCGCUGCGGAACUUAUCUGUCGCGGCUAUGCAAAAUCCUUUGGCAUGCCUAUUAUCAUUACCAGAGGGAACAACGUGUACGGCCCGCGCCAGUAUCCGGACAAGCUCAUCGCGAAGACAUGCUGUUUACUUUCGAGGAAAAAGAAGGCCUUCAUUCAUGGAGAUGGCUCGCACUCGAGGAAUUAUGUCUAUGUCACAGACAUAGCUGAGGCCUUUUCAAUUAUCCUUCACAAGGGCAAAGUCGGCAGCGUUUACAAUGUCGGUUCAGACGAUGAAAAGACCAACUUGCAGGUUGUGCGCGAUUGCAUCCAAGCGAGCGACAUGAGUGAUCCAGAGAAUCUCAACGCCUGGAUUUCGUUUGUAAAGGACAGAGAAGUCAAUGAUGCACAUUAUCGCAUUGACUCAACCAAGCUCUUGCACCUUGGAUGGGAGAUCAGAACGCCAUGGAGAGAUGGGAUUCGGAAGACGGUCCAGUGGUAUGCUGAUGAAGACAACCUCAAAAGAUGGCCUGAUUUUAUGCGAGGACUGGUUCCUCAUCCCACUCUAGACGCUGCAUCGGUAGACGAUAUGAGCGGCAUGAUCAAUUUCUAG